UUUUUCAGUUGAAAAACAACGCGCUCCCGUGCUACAGGUGUUUGUUUACAAACAACACCGUGUUGCGUACGCCGUACACGCGUAUCGAUGUGUGCGUGCAAUGCGAGCGCGUCGAUCGAACUGUCAGUUUGGUCGCUAGGCAACCUGCGCUACCACCACAAAACAGGUCACAAACAACGGUGCUUUUCUCUUCAUACCGUACGGCAGUCCGGAAGCAGGUGCAUUUUCCAUACCGUUAUUGUGCGUGAAAAAGGUGGAAAACCAGUGAAAGCAAGUGUUUACCUCGGUUCUCAAACGUUUCUGUGCCGAUUGAAUGUUACCGGAAACGAAACACAGCACAGUGCAGAAUGUUUAUUUACCUGAGUAAAAAGAUUGCCAUCCCGAACAACACUCGGCUGAACUGCAUCGCAUGGAAUAAGGACCAGGGGUACGUGGCAGUCGGCGGUGAGGAUGGACUGUUGAAGGUGCUGAAGCUGGAGCAGGCCAGCAGUACGGCGGUGUCGGCCCAGCCGGGCAAAGCGCUGCAGGCAAGCAACCUUUCCAUGAACCAAACGCUCGAGGGCCACAAGUCCGCCAUCCAGGUGGUUACGUGGAACGAGUCCCAGCAGAAGCUAACGUCCUCCGACAAGGAUGGCGUCAUUAUGGUGUGGAUGCUUUACAAGGGCUCCUGGUACGAGGAGAUGACAAACGAUCGUAAAAAGUCCACCGUCAAGGGUAUGGCAUGGACGAGCGAUGGGCAGAAAAUUUGUAUCGUGUACGAGGAUGGUACGGUGAUCGUUGGUUCGGUGGAUGGCAAUCGGAUCUGGGGAAAGGAGUUGAAAAAUGUGUCCCCCACCGGCGUACAGUGGAGUCCGGACGGAAGGUUGCUACUGUUCAGCAUUAAGAACGGCGAGGUACAUCUGUACGAUAAUCAGGGCAUCUUCGUGAUGAAGCUAAACAUCCAGUGUGUGUAUCUGACGCCGGCCAAGAGCGUUACGGUGGUGGGAUUGUGUUGGUUCCACAAGGGGACCUCACCGAGCCGGCCCGUGCUGGCGAUCUGCUACGAGAAUGGGCGCAUGCAGCUGAUGCGCAACGAGAACGACGAUGCACCGGUGGUGGUGGACACGGGCCUGCAAGCUAUUUCGUGCAUGUGGAACCACGACGGUACGAUACUGGCGCUGUGUGGCAUGAAGACUAACCUGAGCAGUGAUAAGGAUAGCAGCCAGGUGCUGUUCUACACUCCGUACGGUGUGCACAUCCGGACGCUGAAAAUCCCGGGAAAAGAAAUCACUUCCCUCUCGUGGGAAGGCAAGUCGCUACGAAUAGCGCUGUCCGUGGAUUCGUUCAUUUACUUUGCCAACAUCCGACCGGAUUAUAAUUGGUGCUACUUUAACCGGACCGUUUGCUACCAGGAAGCGGUAGCCAAUGGUGCCGGAGAUGAGACUGAUACGGUUACCUUCUGGGACACUAGCUCGAACCAGUGCUAUGCUAAGCAGAUUGACGCACUGAUGUCGAUGGCAGCGUCGGUCGAUCAUUGUGUGCUGGCCGUUGAAACGCGCAUGACCGGGAAGGAGUUUAGUAUUGUGAGCGAGGGCAAGGGAAAGGAUCUGAUGUAUCAGCUGCUGGUUUGUAAUUCAAUCAGCACGACGGUUGACUCGAAAUACAUCGACAUACGGCCAGAGUUCAUUACGAUGAACUCUUCGCAUGUGAUCGUAGCCUCGAAGGAUCACUUUUUACUCUGGCAUUAUCAUACACCGAAGGGAGCUUCAACGCUACACGCCAACCUGAAGAUCAAGCGCGAUCGCAAAUACCACAUUGACGACACACCGGCCCUCGAGGUGCUGAACGAUCUCGACUCAAAGACGGCCAACGAAAUCCCACCCAAGGUGGACCCAAGUCAGGACCCAAUCUGCUGUGUAGCCUCGUCCGAGAACCUGCUCCUAAUCGGUCGUGAAAGUGGGCUCAUCCAUGAGUACACACUGCCCCACCUGGUGCUGCGCAAUCGACACUAUCUGCAGGCACGCAGCUACAAGCUCGCCAUCAACUGCAACUCAACCCGUGCCGCCAUGAUCGACUGUAACGGUGUGCUGACGACGUUAACGCUUCGUGACGAUACGAGCGAAUCGGAACCGGCUGGUGCGUCCACACCUCACAUCGAGCGGAAGGACGUGUGGGCAAUUUGUUGGGCCCGGGACAACCCGCAGCUGCUGGCGAUAAUGGAGAAGACGCGCAUGUACAUACUGCGCGGUGCCGAUCCGGAAGAACCGAUCACCUGCUCCGGGUACAUCUGUAACUUUGAGGAGCUGGAAAUUACCGGCGUUUUGCUGGAUGACAUUGUGAAGGGUGGUGCAACGCCUAACGUGAAGGAGCAUCUGCUGCAGCUACGGGUGAAGUCGCUUCGAGACACGGAAGAUCUCCUGGCGCAUGUUGGCAUUGCGGAAGCGAAACAGUUCAUCGAGGAUAAUGCACAUCCCCGCCUGUGGCGUCUGCUGGCGGAAGCAUCGCUCAAGAAGCUUGAUCUCGAAACAGCCGAAGCGGCAUUCGUCCGGUGCAGCAACUAUCCCGGCAUUCAGCUCAUAAAGCGCCUGAAAACGAUUCAGCUGGAGGCGCUUCAACGGGCGGAGAUUUGUGCCUUUUUCGGGGAGUUUGAUGAAGCGGAAAAGCUGUACAUGGACGUGGACCGGAGGGACUGUGCGAUCCGCCUGCGACAGACGCUGUGCGAUUGGUUUCGCACGGUGCAGCUGUACCGGCUCGGGCCGGGCAUCUCGGACCAGCAGAUGGAGAACGCGUGGCGUGAGAUCGGACACCACUACAUGAGCAUGCGGGCGUGGGACAGCGCCAAGGAGUACUACGAAAAGGCGCACCACACGGAAGGGCUGAUGGAUGCGCUGUACGCGUUGGAGCAGUACGAUGAGCUGGUCGGGUGCAUGCAUCGGCUGCCGGAGAAGAGCCCACAGCUGGCGAAGCUUGGCCAGCAGCUAGCUACGGUUGGGAUGUGUGAGCAGUCGGUUGCUGCCUACCUGAAGCUGGGCGAUGUCAAAUCCGCUGUCUCGACGUGCAUCAGUCUCCGGCAGUGGGGUCUUGCGGUGGAGCUGGCCCAAAAGUACCGUAUGCCGCAGAUUAACACCCUGCUCAGCAAGCAUGCGGCACAACUGCUCCAAGAGGGCAAACUGCCGGAAGCGAUCGAAUUGCAGCGCAAAGCGGGACGGUAUCUGGACGCGGCCCGUCUGCUCGUCAAGAUGGCCGAAGCGGAAGCAGAGAAGCGUUCGGAUUACGUGAGGAUAAAGCAGCUGUACGUGCUUUCUGGCUUGCUGGCCGAAGAGCACGUCGAGAAGCAGCUGACCGUCCAGGCGGCUGGCAGUAGAGCCGUUGUGCUGUCCCAGCUAAGCCCCGAAGAUGCGGUACUGAUCGAACAAAUAUGGCAUCACGCGGAGGCGUAUCACUACAUGCUGUUGGCCCAGCGUCAGCUGAGAACAGGCUUGCUGCACAGUGCCGUUGUAACCGGCCUUCGGCUACGCGAUUACGAGGAUGUGCUGGAGGUGGAGUCACUGUACGCACUGCUCGCACUGGCUAGCUGUGCCGAUCGAUCGUUCGGUACGUGCUCGAAGGCGUUCAUCAAGCUGGAAUCGAUCGAGACGAUCUCGGAAGCACGGCGGCAGCAAUACGAGGAGUUGGCGAUCGAGAUCUUCUCCCGCUAUGAGCCGCACGACGGAAAGGUGAAGCACAUCAGUUGCUUUACCUGUGAGACACCGGUCGCGGACUGUAGUACACUGUGUCCGAGCUGUGGAAGUCGAUUUCCACCGUGCGUCGCAUCGGGACAGCCACUGACGAACCCAACCGGAGCCUGGCAGUGUACCGGGUGCUAUCACCUAGCGAGCCCGCUUGAGAUCAGCACGCGCAAGACAUGUCCCCUGUGUCAUCGAGCUAUAGCACCAGCGAAAGGAGCUGUCGAGAUUUAAACGUUUGUGUUGUGAGAUCGCUAGUAUUUAUAUUUGGUAGACGGCGUUUUUCAAACGUUUUUUCACAGCUUUAAAACAUGGUUAAGCAAAAAUAUCAUAUCAUGAUGUACCGGUUUACGUA